UAUAGGAGUGUCUAUAGACGCCAAGAGUACAGGAUGAUGGAACUUGUUCGGUGUCUAUAGACACCAACAAUAAUGAGAAAGUUAAGCUACUUAACUAUAGAGAUAUAUCGGGAAAUAUUUUAUAGCAACAUAUAUUUUUCUGACUUCUGAUAAAUUUGACCGGGUUGAGUGUACCCUCGUCAUAGAGCGAUUAACUUUUCGUCAGCUCAUAGUUAAUUUUAUAUCCAAUUAGAAACUCCAUUUGAGGGGUGGAGCGUGUGACGAGCGUAUGAUAGAUCGACUAUUGCUGUUUGUAGUUUCGACACUUUGACGCUCUUGAAAACGAAUCCGAAACGUAUCCGAGACCCAUAUGGCAUUUCAAACGCGUGGCGAAAUCCUUGACGUAUCCUCUAACUUUUCAUUAUAACGUUCGAAAUCGCAUUGUGCGUUAUAUAAAGAUAAAUUAAAAAAAAUUAAUAAAAUAAUUUUGUAUAAUUAAAAUAUAGUUCUAUCGCUUACAAAGUAACUAAAAAAUUAUUUUUUUUUAAUGUCUACAAAAAAAGAUAAUUAUAAUGAGAAUUUAAUACACUGAAAAAAUGAUACUUUCAUUCCUCUAGAAUCGAUAGAUCAAAUGGUUACAUCAAAAUUGCAUUUAAAAAUAAUGUUACAAAAUUGAAUUAUGUUAUUGUAGCAAAUAUGCGAUAUACUUAAAAAAGAAGCUUAAUUUUUCAUUGUUAAAAUUUUAUUGCUAUCUGUUUUUUAAAUACUUAAAAAUGACUUAAAAAUGUUUAUUUUAAACAAUUUAAUAUUUUAUGUUAAACAUCAUCUGAAACGUUUUUAAGUAUUUUAAAAAACAAAGACCCAAUAUCCACAGAUUUUAAUAUCUUAAAAUUAAAAGCUUCUUUUCUAAGUGUGUGAGUGACAUAUUAGCAUAUAUUACAAACUUACGUAAUAUGCUGACAUAAUAAUGAUUAAAUGCCUAACUUUAUUCAAUUAAAUGAUGAAACAAAACUACCUUUAAUAUCUCUAUAAAUAUGCGCGAUAAACCAUUAUUAACGCAGAGUUGAAAUAUUCCGUAUUCGUAAUGUAGCUUUUGAAAUUGCAUUCUUUAUUUGGAGCUCACUUUCCGAAAAUCUUUGCAACGGAGGUUGCAAGAUCUCACACUUUGAAAAUAUAUAUUGUAGAUACGCAAUUUUGAAAACAUUAACAAUAUUUUUUCUCAUUUCUACUUCCAUGUUCGAGCACUCUGUUACCAAUUCGUAACAAAGUAAACAGACAGUCAUGGUAGGACGUAGACAAAAGUCUAUGCGCAUUGCAAGUUGAAGAAAGUCCUAGAGAAGCAUUCUGAAAAUUCAUACCUUUAAUCGCAAUGACAUAAUACAAAGAAAAUUGCGCCCUAUAAUUACGGUGUUGCUUUGUCAACGAACAUCAAACCGCAGAAUUAUACCUUCCAGCAAUCAUUUGGCAUAGACUAUAAGCACCUAAUAGGAACAAUUGCUUCAAGAGCCGUGUUACACAAAGAAUUGUUAAUAUUCUGAGGUAUCGCGUAAGACGAGAAGAUGCCCUUAGUACUUUGUGCACUAACAUAAGUAAAAUGGAUUUCUUCGAGCACAAUUACAGAGUCAACAAAUUUCUGCUAUCGGCAAUCGGUCAAUGGCCUUACCAAUCGUCCAAGACCAGCCACGGAAUAGUUAUCAUUCUAGUAACUAUAGUUUGCACGCAACUUCUCGCUAAGCUAUGCGGUAUAGUCCCUUACAUUCACGAUAUGGACAUCAUGAUCGAGUGUUUAAUUCCGAUAAUGGUUGAUGUAUCAGGUAUGACGAAAAUAAUGAAUUCCAUGUUAUGUGUUAAUGAGAUAAGAGCAUUGCUCGAUCGAAUACGAGAUGAUUUUUACUCGUUGAAAAAUUCCAGUGACUCAGUGAUUCUUCAAAAGUAUGCGAACACUGGCAAAAAAUUCUCGGCUGUUUACGUUAGUGUAAUAUAUAUGCUAACGGUAGUAUUUAUGCUGAUGCCCUUCCAACCAUUAAUCCUUCAAGUUGCCAACGCCACGACUCGACCCAUGUUGCACAGAGUUGAAUAUUACGUCGACAUGGACAAGUAUUACUUUCCAAUUUUGCUUCACGGAUAUGUCACCGCUAUAAUUUGCGUUACGUCCAUUGUCGCGACCGACGCGAUAUUUCUCAUAUUUAUGCAACAUGCUUGCGGAUUGUUUAUCAUAACUGGCUUGCGAAUAGAACAAGCGAUACAGGACGUAUACCUGAUCGGAAAUGCCAAUCCCUCAAUUACAAAAGAUAUGGCGUAUCAAAAUUUAGUAAAGUGUGUUCACGACCACAGGUCAGCUAUAAGGUUUGCCGAUCUCAUGGAAAUUGCGUACUCCAAGCAUAUUCUAUUCCAUGCCGGUCUGAAUAUGAUGGCUAUAAGCGUUACGAGCUUUGGGGCUUUGACAAAAUCGGACGAACUAUUUGAGCUUUUUAGACUAGCAGCGGUGACGUGUGCGGUAUCAUUUCAUUUAUGCUUCGAGUGUAUUAAUGCUCAAAAAUUGAUAGAUUAUAGUGGAUACCUUCAUACUAAUUUAAUAAAUUUAAACUGGUACGAUGCGUCGCCUAGAACGAAAAAACUUGUUCUUUUUAUGAUGAUGAAAACGCAGCCGCCCUGCGUAUUAACAGCCGGCGGUAUGUUCGUUUUGUGUAUGGAAACAUUCGCCACGAUUGUGAAGACUGCUGUGUCAUACUUCACUUUCUUACGCUCGCUCAACCCCUCGUCGUGCGCGGUCGUGAAAAAGACGUCGCGUACGGUGAAUUUAUCUCUUUCUUUCAGCUAUAUUUUGAUAUCGCGUACCUCGUGCGUGCUACAACAUAUCGAUUUGAUUCCUUCCGCGGGGCAAUUUUUCUCAAUUACGCGCUGUCCAAACGGAAUGCUUGACGAAGCCAGUGAAUUCCUCCCCACGCGUCGCUUUUUCCGCUUUGGCGAGGUUUGGCAGGCGCAGUGCUAUACCCGCCGCGGGGCCGUCAAGAUGGAUAGUGAUCAAGGUCAGCACAUGCGUAUCAAUCAGAUGUUAAUGUGCCUCAUCGGUCAGUGGCCGUACCAGGAGAAUUGGGAAAAGUUUCUGAUCCAAUUAGUCUUCGUACCCGCGGUUUUCGCUCAGGCGGUCCUCCAGGGUGGCGGCAUGAUCACCGCUUAUUUCGCGGGUGACAUCGACGCGUUUAUGGAAAGUUCGUCGCCUUUUGUAAUUAGUUUAAUGUGCGUCUGUAAACAUAUUAAUUAUACGUACAAUCAUGAUCAGAUGAAGAGGCUCGCCUUUACAAUGGUGGAUGAUUGGAAAAUCUAUUCAAAACUUAGCCACGAGUACGAUAUCCUUUGUAGGAAUUAUGCAAUGGGUAGAAAAGUUACAAUUGCCUAUGCAGUCUCUCUAUAUGGCUCAAUGACUCCCUUUCUGGUUGUACCGGUGGUACUAAAUACAGCCAGCUACAUGGGGUUGUACAACAUUUCCGACGGUAGACCUCUGAUGUUCCGCACGGAAUACUUCAUAGAUUCUGAGAAGUAUUACUAUCCGUUGUUGGUGCACUCGUACAUCGGCACCCUUGGAUUCGUCUCGAUUGUCGUAGCGAUCGACUCGAUGUUGGUGUUUCACGUUCAACACGAAUGUUCGAUGUGCGAGAUCCUAGGAUAUCGGCUAGCACGGAUUGUUGCUGAAGAUACUUUAGACAUAAAUUUAUAUCCAAAUAAGGAAGAGGCUAUAUCGUACGAUCAUAUUAAGAAUUGUGUGAUCAUACACAAUCACAUAAUAGAAUAUGCUAAACGUAUCGAGAAUGCAAAUACGACAUCGUAUUUUUUUCAACUAGGUUUCAAUAUGAUGGGCAUGACUUUCACAAUAUUUCAGGCGGUGGUAAAAUUGAGCGAUCCAAACGAAGCCUUGCGAUAUGCGUCAUUCACGGUGUGCCUGAUUUCCGUUCUCUUCCUCGAAAGCUGGCCGGGUCAGCAAUUAUCAGAUUAUACUGACAAAAUUUUUGCGUUCAUAACUAACGGAAGAUGGUACCAGUCUUCGCUGAGAGUGAGGAAAGUAAUCAGCAUUAUGUUGAUGAGGAGUUACAAGCCAAUCAAGAUAACCGCGGGCAAACUAUACACUUUGAACUUGGCAAAUUUCUCUGCAGUCGUGCGCACGUCGUUUUCUUAUUUCACUGUCCUCUGUUCUAUGCAAUGAGCAAAACUUGCUGCAGCUUAAAAGUUAUUAUUGAUGACAACAACUACAAGUAAUUGAUUUACCUUUUUUCAUGACAACUCGUGAGUUACAUGUGACGAUGAUAAGUGACUACGACAACUCGGUAAUAUCGAUAUACUUAAGUAUUCUUUAUACGGUUAGUAUCCCCGGGAAGGAAAGAAGUAAAAAUUUCUUGACUCACAACGGUUGCUAUUUUUCUCUAAUUUUACUUACAAUUAGUUAUAUAAAAUAUUUGCAUAGAAGGUACGAAAUUUUGUAUAACCAGAUAUCUUCUAAUAUCUUCAAUGAAUGAGUUAUUGAAUCACAUUGGCCAUUAACAUAUCUCUGACAUUGUUUUUACUAUACUCAAAUCUUUAUCGCAUAGACCAUGAAAUCAUUAAAUACGAGAAAUCUGUAUUGUUUUAAAUAAAAUUUUACAUAAUCAAUGA